AUGCCGGAAUUCAUCCCAGUCGCCCCCACCCCAGUCCCUCCCAGUCCAUCCCACUCCCUCCCAGUUCAUCCCAGUCCCUCCCAGUCCAUCCCACUCCCUCCCAGUCCCUCCCAGUCCAUCCCAGUCCCUCCCAGUUCAUCCCAGUCCAUCCCACCAUCCCAGUAUAUCCCAGUAUAUCCCAGUCCCUCCCAGUCCAUCCCAGUGCAUCCCAGUAUAUCCCAGUCCAUUCCCAGU